AUGACAAGCUACAGCUACCAGCAACAAUCCCCGCCAGCACAGGUCGGAGGUGGACACCCUUACCAGCCAUUCCCCGGUCCUCAGCAAGCAGAGGAGACAGGUUUUGUGCCCCACGAGGUUCAACAUCCAUAUCCGGACCAAGAUACCCCAAUGUUGCCAGAAAAGAACACAGGUGCCGGGUCGGGGUCGACCCUCCUCACGGUGAAACGGAGCAUCGCACUUGCCGUCGUCGGUACCUUGGCCCUGCUUCUCGCGACAGUCAUUGGUCUUGCGGCAGGUCUAGGAGUGAGCCAGAAGAACCUCCACGAUGCCAAGAAUGACUUGAAGUUGGCGCAAGCGAGCAUCACGGCAGGACUUGGGGCAAUCCCCUCCCCGACAGUCGCAACUGCCACCUCCACCAGCGCCAGUGCGUCUUCGACUGCAACCGCCAUCGCAAAAAUUGAGUGUCCGUCCAUCAACGGAACUUUGUACACGGCAACGGUGGCCGGUAAUUCUACCAGCCCCGGUGGCAGCAGCAGCAAGACAUUCCAACGUCUCUGCGGCGUUGACUUUGGCAAAGGUGAAGCCGUCGACAUUGGCUCCGUAAACACGACCAGCUUCAACUCGUGCUUGGAUAAGUGCGCGCAGAAGCAAGGGUGCACAGGAGCGGGGUGGGGUGCGAUCCCGGGCGACGAGGAAACGCAUCAUACCUGUUGGAUGAAGACGAAUCUGACGACGAAGGGGCAUGAGGCGGUGGACGAGUGGGCUUUUGGGGUGUUGGAGAUGAGUGGUAGUGGGAAGGGAGACGGGGAGGGAGAGGGUGACGAUGAUGGCAACUGA